ACUCACUUCUCCAGGCACCACUACGUGUUGUUAUCAUUGAACAGCUAACAAAGAAAUCUGUGAAUAUCACUGUGGGAUCAUUCAGUUAGAAAUAAAACAGUAUCUGAACUUUGCACCUUCCAGAGCUUUUUUGUGCUUUAUUUUGCAGCCUUAGCUAUUUUGUGGAAUUUUAUUGUUUGUCAAUGCAGUGAAGGUAGCCUACCCAUUUUCAUACUUUUCCCGAUUUCCUCCAUCUCCGCUACAUCUACAACAUGAGAUGCAUGUGGAUUUGUGGAUUUCUGUGGCAGGUGUGAUGCGUGUGCCACUGCGCUGGGUGCUGUGGGAUGUGAAAGAGACCCUGCUGAAGGUGCACAGGUCUGUCGGGGAGCAGUACUGCCAGGAGGCCAAACGAACAGCAGGUUUCAGUCUUAACCCUACAGAGGUAGAGGCUGCCUUCCACCAGUCCUUCCGCCAGUACUCCAAACUCUACCCCAACUACGGUACGGCCCAGGGCCUGGGGGGGAAGGCCUGGUGGAUGGGGGUGGUCCGGGACACCUUCUCCCAGUGUAGAGUACAGGACGCAGCCCUACUGGACACACUGGCCCACAACUUGUAUCAUGGUUUCUGCAGCCCUGAUAACUGGGAGGUGAGGGGAUUAUAGUAAUUGUACUGUCAUUCAGAAAUGGUUUUUGUCAGCAUCACAGUAUGUUGUGUAAUUCAUGUAACAUCUCCAAAAAUGUGAUAUUAUGAUUGAGCAAAAUUAUCAUGUAUACCUACAUGCAUUCAUUAACAUUUGUUUAUUGUAAACCAUCCUCAAUAUCUAUCAAUUGAACAAUUGUGCCACAUUGUGAAAUGAAUAGCCUGUAUCUUCCGUCCUAAGGUAUUUCCAGACUCAGCGAAGACCCUGGAGAGCAUCUCCUCCCUGGGACUGAAGCAGGGUGUGGUGUCCAACUUCGACAAUCGCCUGGAGGGGAUUCUACGAGGCUGUGGCUUGCUGUCUCACUUCAGCUUCCUGCUCACCUCAGAGGAGGCCGGGAUAGCCAAGCCUGACCCAGCAAUCUUCCACCAGGCACUAGAGAAAUGUGGCGUAACAGCCGCGAGUGUAGCUCACAUUGGGGACCAUUAUGUCUAUGACUACGUGACCUCUCGGUCGCUGGGCCUCCAUGGGUACUUGUUGGACAGACAGGGCAGGGAUAAAUACCCUGAUGUUCCCCCACAGCAUCGAUUAAAGACCCUGGAGGAGCUACCUGCACGUCUCCAGCAAGAUAUGGACUAAAUGUUAUCUAUUACACAAGUAAACUCAAACAAACCGCACUGUGCCAACAUUUCACUGCACUUGACAUUAACGUAUAAAAAAGAAAAAUCCCAGCCUUACAAUCUAUGGCAGUGAGACUAGCCCUUAAAACUAUUAACAUAUGCAAUGAACUUUUUUAGAUUAUCUAAAGAUGUACAUAUCAUUUAUCUAACGUUUUCAUAAUUUAUUUCGCCAAUAUGCUUUAUGUCAAGUUGUGACACCCUCCAAUCAUUGGAUUAUGUUCAAUAAAUAAAAAUGCAUGUUCUGCAGCCAGUGCUACAUUCUUCUACCACUUAAACCUCCUCUCUUGGAAAUGAAUAGAUCUUUUAAAUACAGCAUUAGAUUUCAGCUCACUUGAGCUGAGACCAGACAAGGAGGAAUCGGGCCGGUAAUUUAUGGUCAUGGCUAGAUGGGAUGCAGCUAAUGUAAAGUGACGUCAAAAGUUGCAUGUUGGAGUCGCAUCAGGGAGAAUUUUUGCAUUUCAGCUAACCCUAACUAUUUUCCUAACCUUAACCUAAUUCU